GGCUUAUCUCGAUCGAGAAUCGAACAAGUCCUUCUGCUGCACGAAAACAUUCGUCGGCCGGUGAUAAUUUCUCGCAUAAUUAUUGUCAAUUAUUGAUCCUAGCACGCUGAAUGACAGCGUUCGAUUUGUGAAACUAGUGAAUAUUACACCCGUCAAAAAUGUCGUUCUCCGGCCUGCACGGUCGAGAGCUGGCUCUGAAGAUGCUCCAAGCAUUGCCCAGAGUUUCGCACGCUAACCUUAAACCAAAUCCAAAUUUCAAGCCCAAAAAUAAACGUGGAAGAGGUCAACAUGGUGGUGACAAACACGGUGCCGGUAACAAAGGUUCGGGUCAGCGACAAAAUCACAUGAGACUUGGAUAUGAAACUGGUAAUUGGCCGUUUUACCUCAGAUUUGGAUUUGAACCAUAUUACAAGGGUCAUCAUUUGAAACGUCAAUAUCCUCCUAUAACACUGCAUAAACUUCAGAUGCUUAUUGAUACCAAUAGGAUUGACACUUCUAAACCAAUUGAUUUGACAGCCCUUGUAAAUACUGGUGUAGUCGAUUGUUUUCCAGAAAGAAAACAUUAUGGACUUAAUCUCACUGAUGCGGGAGCAAAUGUUUUCAAAGGUAAGGUCAAUAUUGAAGUGCAAUGGGCAUCAGAACCAGCAAUAGCUGCCAUAGAAAGAAAUGGUGGUACUAUAACUACAACAUAUUACGACUUGUCCUCCGUCCAGUGUGCUGUUGAUCCUGUCAGAUGGUUCUCUAGAGCUGAACCAAUACCACGUCGCAAGUUGCCACUAGCUGAUUGUUUAGAAUAUUACUCGAAUCCUGAAAAUCGAGGAUAUUUGGCAGAUCCAGAAAAAAUUUCUCAAGCAAGACUUGCUCUAGCGCAAAAAUAUGGCUAUGAAUUGCCAAGGAUAGAAGAUGAUCCAGAUUAUGAAAUGUUAAUACAAAGAAAAGAUCCAAGACAGCUUUUUUACGGUUUAGAACCAGGAUGGGUAGUGAAUCUUAAGGAUAAAUUAAUUUUUAAACCAAAAGAAGAUUAUUUACUGGAAUAUUACAGAGGCUAAGCGUAUGUUUUUAUGAAUGAAAAAGUCAUUGUUAAGAUCUAAAAGAUUUGCUUUAUGAGUCUUUUUGUAAAUAUAAUACAUAGA